AUGUACAUUCAGCACCACUACUUUGGUCUCGCGCCCAGCCAGGUGAUUUUCUUCAGCCAGGGCACGCUUCCCUGCAUCGACAACGAUGGCCACGUGAUUCUCUCCACCCCCUUCGAGAUCGCCACGGCUCCCGACGGCAACGGCGGACUGUUCAUGGCGCUGCAUCGCAGCCACACGACCAUCGCGGGCGUCGAAAGCGAGGCGAGCGUGAUCGCACAUAUGCAGCAGCAUGGCGUGCGUUUCGUGCAGAUUUACGGCGUGGACAACGCGAUCGUGCGCGUUCCGGACCCCGUGAUGUUCGGUCUGUUCAUGCAGGAGGGCGAUGACGCUGGUAAUAAGUGCGUGGCGAAGAACGGUCCGCAUGAGCGCGUGGGCGUGGUGUGCAAGAAGGGAGGCAAGUACAACGUCGUGGAGUAUUCGGAGCUGAGCGAGGAAAUGGCGACGCAAACCGACGCGGAAGGAAACUUGGUGCUGAGCGCCGGGUUUAUCUGCAAUCUCUACUACACGGUGGACUUCCUGGUCACCAAAUGCUCUCCCGAGACGCUCCCGCUGCUCUAUCAUGUGGCACGCAAGGCGAUUCCGUACUAUGACGAGGCGGAAAAGACGACGGUGAAGCCGAAGGAACCAAACGGCGUGAAGAUGGAGAGCUUCAUUUUCGAUGUGUUCCCGAUGUCCGAGAAGAUGGGCUGCCUGCUGGUCCCGCGCUCCGAGUUCACGCCGGUGAAGAACGGAAAUGACGCGAAGUUCGACUGUCCGGAUUCGGCGCGGAAGAUUAUGGAGGACACGUUCGCGCAGUGGCUGCAGGCGAGACACUGCCAGCUCCAGGGAACGCUCGAUUCGCACGCGUUGGAGGUGUCUGGACUCGUGAGCUUCGCGGGAGAGAAUCUGGAGAGACUGGAGGGACAGACGCUCGUGAUGCCCUGUGUGAUCUGCAGAAAGAGCGAGGUCAGCGAGAAGGAGUUGGAGGAAGCUGCUACGGUCUGUGAGGGCGUGGUUAUGGUGAAGGGAGAGGUUAAUAAGUACGUUUUCCUCUGA